GUCUCCACCAGGCAUAGCUACAAGAGAAGCAGACUACUCCUUUUCCUCGAGGAGAGAGAAUUAUUAGGCCUCAAAAGUUCCAUACUUGGGGCUCUAGGAGCUACUACCUCCGUCCGAGAGAAACCUGGAAGGCUUUUCAUCCCCGACAGCACCUAAAGUCGGAAAGUCCCGGCCAACACCCACACAUCCACAUCAAUGAGGCAUGAGCGGGCGGGGUAUCCUAAAACGGCAAGGCCGCCCCAAGCAGGAUCCGCCGACAUGAUGGGUCCUUGUGACGAAACCCCAUCUUGACAGAUGACAAAAAGCUCUUCCCGCUUGGAACGUUCCAAGUUACUUCACCGUGAAGUUGCACGCCCGGUAAUUGCUUGGGUGCUUUACUAGUCUUCAAUGGAUCCAAUGAGUACACCAGUUGUCAAGUUUGUUGGCCACGACGCUUCGGGCUUGCCCGUCAAACGCAAGCAGGUCCACCACGCCUGCAGCACGUGCAAAAAGAGGAAGAAGCGCUGCCAUCAUGUACCUGACAGCCAGCCCCUUCCCGCCCGGAAGCCCAAGCCCGAGCGCGACCACGGCCGAAAUCAAAUCUCGCCUCCAGUUCCUGCUCCCCACGGUGACGGUCAACCUCGCACACCCACACGCAUACGCUCAUGCACGCGCGCACGCCAGCGUCAGUCCGACACGCCGAGCCUUGAACUCGCCCUCGACCUCGACCUCGACCUCGACCUCGACCUCGACCCAAACCCAAACCCAAACCCAGACCCUAAUGACCCUGCCUCCGACACUUCGGACACCGCACCCCAGUUCGUUGGCGAUUUAAACCCCGAAAGCAUCUUGGUCGAGGCAAACAUGAGUGUUCUGUCGAAGCCCGGCGCGUAUAAAAGAGGGGACCGGAGGCCUGGCGUUUGGUAUCCGGGCUCGCAAACCGGGCCCAAGUAUGGACCCCCCAGCGACAAACCCGAAACGGCCCCCCUUGAAUUGUCAAAGGACUGCUAUUUCGGCUACCUUUCUCUCCCAACUAACACAGGCCGCCUUCAACACUCCGCCCAAGACGUUUCCAACUUUCGCCACAUGUCACGAGCGACUUUGAUCGGUAGACUCUCGGAUGUCGUGAGGCCUAUACCCGAUGACUGGAAUCGGCUCAGAGAGACAUAUUUUACGAAAAUUCAACCCAUGUUCCCCAUCUUUGAUAAAUGCCAACUCCAGCAAAUCGGCCCACGGGAUGGCGAGUUGGUCAUCGAGCUGGUCAGGGCUUCCGUUUGUCUCGCCGCCGCGUGCGCCACAGAGCUGCAAGGGGCUCUGCACUUAAACGCGUGGUCGGGGAAAGGCCUUGAACAAUACGCGGAGGAAGUGCCAUUUUCAACUUACACUGCAGUAGUCACCAACUUCAUUACCCUCGGGGUCGAGCAUCUCGCAGCGGGCAUACGCAAUACCUACAUCGACGAGAGAAUGCAAAUCAUGGCUGUUACAUGCCUAUUCUGGCAGCCAGGAAGUCCGGACCGCCUUGAGCAACUGGAGCUGUUCUCGAAGCUCGUAGUCCUGGCUCAGUCUCACGGUAUGCAUCAGCUUGUCAACGGGGACUCGUCGAAGGAUAGUGCUACGAAAUCGGAUCAGGCACCAGACACUACUCCUGGUUCAAGUCCGAGGGCCCGCCUAUUUGCUUGCAUCUAUGCCCUAGACCGGCUCACCGCGGCCUUUCUAGGCCGGCCAGUCAUGUUUCACAAUUGCGACAUGGUCGGGAGGCCGCACGCCGACAAGGGCGAUCCACCCACCUUCAAGGUCUUCAUGGCCCUCGUCAAGUUGCUUGAUCUGGUCAUUGACCUGUAUCGGCCUGCUCCAACCGUCAAAUCUGUUGAUAUCGAGGUUAUGGGGUUUGAAAGGCUAGUCCUUGACCACGGAGCGCAAGACGAGCCUGACGACAUACUUGCCACCCUUGAGCUUCUCUACCACGCCAUCUGCGUCCUUAGCGUUCGCAUGCGCUCAGCUUGCUUCACAGCGCCCCCCGACCCGAAUUCCGAUUCCUCCGAGGCUGUGAGCUAUGACCACCUCCCUCCCGACACCCUUAAUGCUCGGAGGUCGCACUCGGCUGAUCGGAUUUUUGACGCCUUUGCCGAGCGCCGGAAGCUCUGUCAGAUGCCCUGGGUUCCCUAUGCACUGUCUCUGAGUCUUAGUGUCGAGUACCGCAAGUGGAGAUUCAGUCGCACUCCGAUGUUCCGGGUUAGAGGCCGGGCUAAGUUCAAGAAGAUUCUCACCCAUCUCCACGGACUGAGCGAGACUUGGGCCGGCGCCCGUAUCGUCAGCGGGCUCGGAGAUGCAGUUAUCACAAAUGUCUGCAGGGCUGAACAAAAGAUGAGGCAGGCGGCAGGGCAUGUGUCUGAUAUCCCACUUGGCCAAGAAUCAGAAGCGGAAAAGUCUCAGGAUCCCCCCCCGGUAUUGCCAGAUCCGUUGUCAUCCACAACUGGGCCUACACAUGAUCUUGAUAACGCAGCGCCAGCGGUCGCCAACGGCGAGGACAGCCUGCAACCAAUCGGUUCUCAACCGCUGCCUUUGGCCCAAACCUCUGAGGUCGCGACCCACGACAGGGAUCUCGCCACGAUAAACGAAGAUCCAUCACUGAAUUUCAUGGACGAGGAUUUGUUCAACUCCUGGGACGCUGACCUGAGGCACUAUUUCGACGUUUCUCUGCUCGACAGCCUAGAUCCCGGCCAGUACGUUCAAGUGCAAAGGCCUUGGGGGGUUUGAUAAUAUUUGGGGGAUCGGGAUGACCAGAUACCGGAUCGCAUCCGCAAGAAGUUGCUGGGGGGUUGGGCACACAGCGGCGAUUGCCAUUUAUUCCGAGCGUUUGCUGUAUCAUGGGGAACAUUCGA